GUGAUAGGAUGCCAGUCUCCGGUUGGUGAACAUGAAGGGUUGGGGUUUUGGGGCUGAGCGAAACAACAGUUACGAUUGGUAGCGACCAAUGGGAGAGUGAUGUUGAAAGAGGCCGCCUUGGGCAGAUUGGCUGACAGCAAGGCAGAGACAAGUCAUCCCGUCAGCUUUGAUGUGGGUUGGGACAAAGAAUUGCCCAUAAGCUGACGGAUCCCGUCGAUCUUCGCUGGUGGCUUAUCUUCUUCUUUUGCCAUGCUUCAAUGUUGCAACUUUGCAAUAUUGAUGAUUGACGCUCAUGUCCAUCGAUUGACCUCGAUUGUCCGACUGAAAGCUUGCAGGAGAAGCGAACCUUCAGAAUGACGGCACAAAACAAGACGCAAAGCCCGAAUCUUCGGUCAUACUCCCAAUCCGACCCCUCUCAGACUCAAGGGGAAGUGCAUGAGCUUGAAUUCCCUCCGCCCAGCUACGAGGCAGCAGUCCUCGGCACGGACGACAGAGACCACAACGUGAAUGAGCCCUCGGGUGAAGUUCACUUCUUGAACCAGGAAGAAAGGCCCCGAGAGCAACCAGAACAACAGCGACAACAGCGGGAAUUGCAACGACAACAGCUCGCACAACAACUUGAACAACAGCGACAACAGCGGGAACUGCAACGACAACAGCUCGAGCAACAACUUGAGCAACAACGACAACAGCGAGAACUGCAACGACAACAUCUCCAGCAGCAACUAGAACAACAGCGACAACAGCGAGAACUGCAACGGCAGCAUCUCGAGCAACAACUUGAACAACAGCGACAACAGCGGGAACUGCAACGACAACAACUACAGCAGCAGCAGCAGCAGCAGCAGCAGCAGCAGCAGCCUUAUCCCAACCAAGAGUAUUCCUCUUCCAACCAUGAUUAUCAACCAGAUGCAAAGCACCUUAACACCAGCCAGCAGAACGGCUACGACGUCGAAGCGCAACAGCCAACAAAGAGGGCAUGGGCGUGGACGAUGCCAGCAUGA